AUGGCCAUGACACACUGGUAUAGCCAAACUGUCGAGAAUCUCUCCGACUCCCUGGUAAACUACCGAUCUCAAUUUCCCCUGCUUGCUGCAGCAGGGGUUUCAUUGAGCGUAGGUUUUCUGCUCCGUUCCCUUCUUUCCGACAGACACCUCGAAGGGCCCAUACUUCACUCCCCUCUUACUUCCGCGAAGUCGUCCGCACCAGGGGUGGACCUUCCGUUGGACGUGCUCCCAGGUGCGCGAGAUGUGCAGACCCCAUAUGGGUCAAUACGUGUUUACGAAUGGGGCCCCGAGGAUGGCCCCAAGGUCUUGUGUGUCCACGGAAUCACCACGCCUUGUAUAGCACUAGGCGGACUGGCACAUGCCUUGGUUGAUCGAGGCUGCCGAGUGAUGUUAUUCGACUUGUUUGGAAGAGGUUAUUCUGAUUGCCCUUCCAACCUCCCCCAAGAUGAACGUUUAUUUGCCACUCAGAUCUUCCUAGCUUUGAGUUCUUCCAAGAUCUCAUGGACUGGAGCUGGCUCUGGCAAAUUUUGCCUAGUUGGUUACUCCCUAGGGGGUGGUAUAGCGGCAUCUUUCGCAUCUUUCUUCCCCCAGCUUCUAUCUAGCCUCGUCUUAAUUGCCCCUGCAGGGUUAAUUCGCGACUCCCAGAUCAGCUUCCAGUCCCGACUUCUUUAUUCGGGUGGCUUCAUCCCAGAGCGCGUGCUGGGCUACCUUGUCGGCCGUCGUCUGCGCGCGGGUCCUCUGUCUUCUCCCAAGCCCAAGCACGAAAAGCUCAGUGCGGAAGAUGCCUUGGCUGAAGAACUCCCUUCGCAAGGGGCCGCUGAGGUUCAGGUACUUUCUCGCUCGUACCCCCACGUCACUGUUCCAUCUGCUGUACUGUGGCAAGUGAACCAUCAUCACGGCUUUGUUCACUCCUUUAUGUCGAGCAUGCGCCAUGGGCCGAUCUUGGCCCAACGCCAACGCGAAUCCUGGGAACGUCUUGGCAAGUUUCUAUCCACACAAGCGAAACUCACACCCGAGGAGCAAAGCGCCAAUGGGCUUCCAAGUGACAAGGUUCUAAUCUUAUGUGGUGAAAACGAUCCAAUCAUUGUCAAGGGCGAGCUUGUCCCUGACGCCACUUCCGCCCUCCAAGGGAACGCAAAAUUCGUGUACUUCGAUGCGGGUCAUGAGUUCCCAAGUACGAAAUACGAAGAAGUAGCAGAGCAUGUGUUUGAGUUGUUAAAUUGA